UUCUGAGCUUAAACCAUUUUGAGAACCAUAUACCCUACAUCAAACUCUACCAUCUCACAAAAGGCACUGCUAUCCAAUUAUCCAAUUAUCCAAACCAAACCCCUGCCUGCAUCCAUGGGGAAUAGAAGCUCAUCAAAUUCAAAGGUACGUGGCUAUGGGAUCAAAGGUGCUUCAUUCAGAGGUGAAGAAUUUAUGGGCAAACCCAAGGCAGAGACCCCAAGCAUUUUGAGGGGACAACAUGUUCAUGGGGUGUACUCAGAGCAACAAUAUGAGACCCCACUUGAUGAUGAUGAUACUUUCACCGAUUACAUUCGAAGUGCUAAGUCUAAAAUCAGAACCGUGUCCAACAUUAAUCGCAAGCAGAGUAACUCUGUACGUGCACCUGCACCUGUACUAGAUGGAGCUAAUGGUACAAAAAAUAAGGCAAACCAAAGAGACCAGUUUUCAGAUUUUAUUCAGCUUGCUAAAAAGAAGUUGAGAACUACAUCAAGAAUUGGAAAGAAUAGUUCCUUCAAUAGAGGGUAG